AUGGUUGGCGUAGAUUCGGAACAAGAAGAAGAACGUCGAUCUACUCAUCAAAGUAAUCUUGAUGAAGACGACUUGAAUGAGGAAGCAAAUGACUUGAAAAAAGCAAUUAUUCUAAAACCAGGUGAUAAAUUUCUUGGAAUAUCAACCAAUCCUGAAUUGUAUGAAGCACAAAGUGUUAGUCGUAUUGAAGAUAUACCUGAUGAUGUACAAGAAGGCAUUGAACGUAGUCUAUCUGAUCUUGUUAGAGAUAGAAUUUAUCUAACAGAUUUUGAUCCAGACUUUCAUUGGAACUCUUCACAUGAAGAAUUUGUUGAAAAUGAAUUUGCUAGCGGUGAACACAACCUACUUAUCUGCUACAUGAUACACAAAGAUGAGCUGAAACUAGAAUUUGAAGUACCAAGAUUUUGGUGUAGUGAAAUUAAUUAUUUCAUUUUCACACCAGGUGUGAAUGGGGAGAAAGUGACGGUUGAUAAUUUUGAUUUACGCAUACAAUUUGGUAGUAUAUCAGGUUCAGCUAUACAACGUUUACUCAGUGUCAUGUCAGCGGUAUUUGCACCAAAUCUAUUCGCCAAUACAACAUGGCCAGAUAGUAUACAUAAUGAUUUUGCACUACAAUUACAACGCUUCAUGUCAUCACUGACAGAUGCCAGAUGGAAAUUAGAAAAUAAAACUGUGCUGUACAUGCCUACAGAAGGUUUAGACUUAUUACCAGAAAUAGCAGCUAAAAAUAAAGAACUAGUGAACAGAUUUGAAAUGAUCAUUAUUCACUGGACAAGACAAAUUAAAACUGUUCUAAAUUCACAGAAUGUAAUUGAUGAAAUUGAAGGCACUGGUCCAUUAGAUGAAAUUGAAUUUUGGCGUAAUCGUUGUGAAGAUUUAACCGGAAUUAGUCUACAGUUGGAUAGACCAACUAUCAAGCAUAUAACAGAGAUUUCAACAAUUGCAAAAUCAACCUAUAUUACAGCUUUUUUAAAAUUAGCUGAUGAAAUUAAAUCGAAUACGCUACAAGCACAGAGUAAUUUGAAAUUUUUGGAUACAAUUAAAGAAAUCUGUCAUCAUUUAGCUGAAUCGAAACCAGUUGAUAUUCCUCCCAAGCUACCACGUCUUAUCAAUACAAUACGUAUGAUAUGGACUAAUUCAAAGCAUUAUAAUGAUAAAGAAGCUAUAACAGGAUUAUUUCGUAAAUUAUCUAAUGAAAUUAUAUCAAGAUGUUGUAGUGUUAUUUCACUUGAUGAUAUAUUCAAUGGAAAAGUUAUCUCCGCUUCAGUAAAUUUACAUCAUUGUAUUAAUUGUUGUGAAGAAUAUAAGCAGAUUUAUGAUCGAUUACAGUUGAUGCAUUCACGGAAUUCAUCAAAACCAUGGGAUGCACAAAGGAGUAGUAUAUUUGCACAAGUUGAUGCAUUUAUACAAAGAUGUCGUGAUCUUUUGGAAAUAUGUGAAUGUCAAAAACAUUUUGGUCGAUAUGAAGAAGGCAAUAAAACAAUCAUGCCAAUAUUUCAAGGAAUUCGUGGUCCAGAAGUAGAGAUUCUUUUAACAACAAUUGAACAAAUGUUUGCUAAAUUAAUGAAUAAUUUAUUUGAAAAACGUCAUUAUAUCUUAGAUGUGAAGGCUACAUCAUGGCAUGAUGAUUAUAAUCGCUUUAGGAUAGGCAUAAAAGAUUUAGAAGUAAUGAUGCAAAAUGCAAUCAAUACAGCAUUUGAAACUGUUACAACUAUACAACAAGGCGUUGAAGUAUUGGAUAUAUUUGCCCAUCUUCAUCAUCGUGAGACUAUACGAAGAACUAUUGAUAGUAAAACAAACGAACUGAUAACUCGUUUUGGCAAUUGUUUAAAUCAAGUUAAAAAAGAAAUGUCUCAACGCGUCUACACUGGUAUACCAUUACCAACUGAAGCAUACUACAGUGGGCAAGCUAUCUACUGGAGAUUCUUACGUCGUAGAUUAGAAAAGGAUAUGUUGGCUAUGGACCAAGCAUUUUUCUUACCAUUAUUUGAAGCUGGUUUAGGAGAUCAUCGUCAACAGUAUACACAGACUUCUGGAGCUUUAGAAGAUUUGACUAGGAAGACAUUUAACGAAUUCCUAACAACCAUUGAACCAGAUCCAUUAAAAUGUCUUGAAUCAUCCGUAUUAGUACGUAGUCAACUGCAACCUGGUAUGCUUGAACCAAAUUUCAGUGGGAUAGCGCUUAAAUUACUCAAUGAAUUACACCAUUGGAUUCGACUUGGCUUUGAACUACCACCAAAUGCAGCUGAUGCUUAUCGACGCCGAUCAGAAUUACAUUAUCUUCAUGAUCUUAUAUUAGUUGUUGUUCGAGAUUAUAAUCGUAUUAUAAAUUCAUUGAAUGAAGAUGAACGUGCAUUGUUUAGAGAACGUAUAAAAAUAUUAGAUAAAAAAAUGACACCCGGUUUAAUCAAAUUACACUGGGCUGUUAAAGGUCUAGUUGAAAUGUUUGUUAAUGAUUUUCGUUCACAAGCCUAUAAAUUACAAGUGAAAGUUGAUGAAUACAAAUCAGCUAAUGCAAAUAUUAAAGAUAAUUGUGAACAAAUAGCUCAAACAUUAUUGAUUAAACUAGAGCCAAAUCGUGUUUAUGAAAACACAGAAUUUGAUGACUGUCAGUCUGAACAUAGAAGAAUAACAAAAGAAAAACUUAUCGCGAUGCAUGAAGAAAUCGUUGAAAAAUUACGUGAAGUGAAAGAAACAUUUGUUUCUGAAAGUGCUGAUAUUCAAAUGCAUUGGACAAAAUAUACAGAAAAAAUGGAUCAUUUCUGUGAAGAAGCAUUUCGAAUAAAUGUCAAAUCAUCAUUGAGUGAAUUACAAAGAGCAAUUAACGGUGAUGGAAGAAAUGAUCCUAAUCCAUUAUUCAAAGUAUCAUUGAAUUUAGACAAUGAUGUUUUAAUAUUCUCUCCAACUUUGGGUCAAUUAACACUUGUUGUAGCAUCGAUGGGAAGUAAAUUCGCCGAGAUUAUCUCAGUUAUCCCUCGUCUGCCUAAUUUACUCAGCCGAACAAAAUCUAUGAAACCACCAAUAAGUGAAGUGAUUGCAACAGACGAAGAAAUUAAUAAAAUACAAGCCAGUAUUAAACGUGGGAUGCAAGAAAUUGGUACAGCUGUUCAUGAACCACUUAGUUAUUGGGAUCAAUUUAGAGAAAUUUGGGAAUUACCUAAAGAUGACUUUAUACAACGAUAUCGACAAUUAAAUCCUCAUGUCACUUCAAUUGAUGCCGACAUAGCUAGGUAUACAGAAGUAACCAAUAAAGUAUUGGAUGCAGAAACAAUGGUUACAACAAGAUUUCUUCAACUUGAUUUCAGUUUACUGAAAAAUGCAAUAGCUGCUCAUUGUAAAGAUUGGCAAUUACGUUUGAUAAAUCUUCUAUUGUCAAUGACAACAGAUUCAUUGAAUGGAAUUUACACUUAUAUGAAUAAUGUUCAAGAAAGAAUACUCCGACCACCACAGAACUUAGAUGAACUUGGUGAUUCAAUUCAACUUUUAGAACAAAUUUUAUCUGAACAAGGUGAAAUUCAAGCGAAAUUUGGUCCUUUAGGAGAACAAUUCGCUAUUUUAGAUAAAUGUGAAGUAACCUAUACAGAGGAAGUAUCAAGUAGACGAACUAAUUUAGCCAAUGAUUGGGUACAAUUCCAAAGUGCACUGGCGUCAGCUGAAAUGAUGAUUAAAAAAUCAAAAGAAAAAUUCAAAAUUGGCCUAUUAAGUGAUACAGAAGAAUUCAAACGUGCUGUAUCACAUCUUUUACAAGAUCUACAAGUGAAUGGACCAUUUGCAGCCUAUCUUCAACCACAAGAAGCAUUAGACAUUAUUAAUAAUUUCCGUGAACAGUUAGAUAAUCUCAAGAAACAUGAACUAGAAUUACGUCAUGGGUUGAAUUUAUUCAAAAUAGAACAACCGCCAUGUAAAGAAAUUGUUGUAAUUGAGAAGGAUUUAGACCUUUUAAAUACUAUUUGGUCAACAAACUUAGAAUGGGAUAAAAAUUGGGAAGGCUGGAAAGUUGGCCGAUUUUAUGAUUUACAAACAAAUGAUAUGGAAAAUUUAGCUAAUGCGGUAUUUCGAAAAUUUGCUAAAUGGUCACGCGAUUUAAAAGAAAGAAAUUGGGAAGUAAUUGAUAUCAGUAAAGCACGAGUCGAUCAAUUUCGACGUACAAUGCCAUUGAUUACAGAUUUACGUAAUCCAGCUAUGCGUACAAGACAUUGGGAUCGUUUAAAAGAAGAAAUGAAUAAACAAUUUGAUGUGAAUUCUGAAAAUUUUACAUUAGAAUCUAUUAUUCAAUUAGGAUUUGAACAAUAUUCAGAUUUAGUUAAUGAGAUUUCAAGUGCAGCAACUAAAGAAUUAGCCAUUGAAAAAGCUUUAGACGCUAUGGAACGUUUAUGGCAAAAUAAUGAACUUGAUAUGGUACCAUAUAAAGAUAAAAAUACUUAUAAAAUUCGAUCUACAGAUGAAAUAUUUGAAGCAUUAGAAGAUAAUCAGGUUCAAUUGUCUACAAUGAAAACAUCCCGGUUUGUUAAACCCUUUGAAUAUUUAGUCGAUGUAUGGGAACGUGUCCUGUCAUUAAUUACAGAAACUGUUGAAUAUUUAUUAACUGUACAAAGACAGUAUAUGUAUAUGGAAACAAUAUUUCUAGGAGAAGAUAUACGUAAACAGUUACCAAAAGAAUCGGCAGCAUUUGAUAUGAUUAAUAUUCAAUGGCAAGCUAUUACAAUGUUUUUAUAUGAAACACGUAAUACACGAGCAUGUGCAAGUAAACCAGGUUUAUUAGAUCAACUAUGUAAACUUGUUCAAAGUUUAGAUGAAAUACAACAAUCAUUGGAUAUGUACUUGGAGACAAAGCGUCAGAUAUUUCCACGAUUCUAUUUUAUAUCAAAUGAUGAUCUGUUAGAAGUUUUGGGGCAAGGCAGAAACCCAGAAGCUGUUAUGCCACAUUUAAAGAAAUGCUUCGAUAACAUCAAUCUUUUGAGAUUAGAAAAGGUUGUUAUUAAAUCUGACACUUCAAGACAUGCCAAUGUUAUUCAAUCAAGAUUAAGACGAACAAUUAUUGAGAUACAUGGGCAUAAUUCUACAGAUGGUACAGGUGCUAAUAGUGGACAUAAAAAGUCAAUUGCAACACCUGUUCCAGGCAGUCAACCUGUUACAGCUAAUAAUACACCUGGAAAUCAUAAUGAUGCUCCAUCUAAUCAUCAUCAUCAAACAUCAAAUUUAAAUUCAUCCAUGUUAAAUGAAUCAAAUGUGAAUCUGGUAAAUGGUGAACAAAUUGAAGAGAUGCAUAGUAGUACAACAAUAAAUAAUGAAGAUAAAAAUGAUAAUGAAUUCAAUGAUUCUGUUAAUUUAGAGGCGAAUAAUUUGCUAUUAGAUGGUAAAACUGAUGCAUUAAAUGAUGAAUCAAAAUCAAAUGAUCAGACUAAUUCUGAACCAGGUUUAAUAAAAGUUAUCAAUGAAGAACAUGCUGAGUCAGAUGUUGAUCAUAUACUACCACUACCUAGUAGUAGUGCAUCUAAGCAAACAGUUUCACAAGUAGUACCAACUGUUCAAAGUGUUCAGCCACCAACUGCUUUUGCUGCUACCACUAGUACAAUGACGACUACUACUACUACUCCUACUACACCUGUCACUAAGAUUAAGCAUACACCGACAAGUAUAUCAUUAUUUGAUGCUGUUUCAAUGUUUUCAUUGGACGGUGAAGAAGUACAGUUUAAAAAUAAAGUUCGUCUUGACGGGCCUGUAGAAUCAUGGCUGUGUGAUGUAGAAGAUCAAAUGUAUAAAACGUUGAGAGAUAUGUUAAGAGAGUGCAGAUUCGCUUUAAAGAAAGCAGCUAAUAAACGUGAUAAAUUUAUUAAAGAAUGGCCUGGACAAUUGUGUAUUACAUCAAGUCAAAUUCAAUGGACAUCUGAUGUUACAAAAGCCUUACAACUGGUAUCACAUAGACAAGAUAAAAGGCCAUUGAAAACACUGAAACGUAAACAAAAGAAUAUUCUGGAGAAAUUCUCAGAAGCAAUACGUUCAAAUUUAACUAAAAUUCAACGUUUAAAAAUUAAUGCUCUAACUGUUGUUGAAGUUCAUCAACGAGAUAUUAUUGAAAAACUCUACAAAACUGGUUGUAAUGAUGUUAAUGCUUUUGAUUGGUUGAGUCAACUUCGAUUUUAUUGGGAUAAGGAACCAGAUGACUGUUUUGUUCGACAAACAAAUACAUCUUUUAGAUAUGGUUAUGAAUAUUUGGGUAAUAGUGGACGUUUAGUGAUUACUCCUCUUACUGAUCGAUGUUAUAUUACAUUAACAACUGCUCUACAUCUACACAGAGGUGGUUCACCUAAAGGUCCCGCCGGUACUGGUAAAACAGAGACAGUAAAAGAUUUAGGAAAAGCACUUGGUGAUUAUGUUAUCGUUGUCAAUUGUUCUGAAGGUUUAGAUUAUAAAUCAAUGGGUCGUAUGUUUGCUGGUCUUGCUCAAACUGGUGCAUGGGGAUGUUUUGAUGAAUUCAAUCGUAUUAAUAUUGAAGUAUUGUCGGUAGUUGCUCAACAGAUUCUUUCAAUUCUGUCAGCAUUAGCAUUAGCUGAACAGUCGGGUAAUCAGAAUGCUAAGACAAGAUUUAUGUUUGAAGGUCGAAUGAUUCAAUUAGUUUGGUCAUGUGGUAUAUUUAUUACAAUGAAUCCUGGUUAUGCUGGACGAACAGAAUUACCUGAUAAUCUAAAGUCUAUGUUCAGACCAAUAGCAAUGGUUGUACCAGAUUCAUCAAUGAUUGCAGAAAUUACACUAUUCGCAGAAGGUUUUUCGACUAAGAUUUUAGCAAAGAAAGUAUUCACUUUGUAUAGUUUAACAGUUCAACAAUUAAGUAAACAAGAUCAUUACGAUUUUGGUCUGAGAGCUUUAGUUUCUGUUCUACGUUAUGCUGGUAAAAAGAAACGAGCUAAUCCGAAUAUGUCAGAUGAAGAAUUACUACUGUUGUCAUUAAAUGAUAUGAAUUUAGCGAAGUUAACUGCAGUUGAUUUGCCAUUAUUCAAAGGUAUUAUAACUGACCUAUUCCCAAAUAUUGAAUCACCAUCAAUGGAUUAUUCAAAGAUUAAAAAUGCUUUACAAGAAGAAUGCAAUAAACUCAGUCUGCAGAUGACACCUUUUACAUUGGAAAAAGUUGUACAACUUUAUGAAACUAAAAGCUCAAGACAUUCAGUUAUGAUUGUUGGUAAAACUUUAUCCGGCAAAUCAACAACAUGGCGUUUACUUAAAGCAGUUCAUAAUUCACUGGCUAAAGAACCAAAUUCUGAAUUUGAACGAGUCACUGAGUAUCCAUUAAAUCCUAAAGCUUUGUCUUUAGGCGAAUUAUAUGGUGAAUUUGAUUUAUCAACAAAUGAAUGGACUGAUGGUGUACUUUCAAGUAUUAUGCGUCAAACGUGUUCAGAUGAAUCGUCGUCAUUAAAAUGGAUUAUAUUUGAUGGUCCAGUAGAUACCCUUUGGAUUGAAAGUAUGAACAGUGUUAUGGAUGAUAAUAAAAUAUUAACUUUGAUUAAUGGAGAAAGAAUUUCAAUGCCUGAACAAGUCUCAUUACUUUUUGAAGUGGAAGAUUUAUCAGUUGCAUCGCCUGCAACUGUAUCACGUUGUGGAAUGGUAUACAAUGAUGUGAAUGAUUUAGGAUGGUGGCCUUAUGUUGAAUCAUGGCUAUCUAAAAAGACAGAUAAAAUAUUAGUUGAUGAAACAAGAAAUUUCUUCAAUAAAUAUAUAAAUAAUCUAUAUGAUCAUAUCAGAUUGAAUUGUAAUGUUGUAAUUCCAAUGAGUUUAACAAACACAAUAAUUUCAUUAUGCAAACUGUAUGAUUGUUUGGCUACUCCUGAAGUUUGGGCUGAUCCAGCUGAUGUCGAUUAUUAUCCACGUUUAUUAGAAAUGACCUUCCAAUUCUGCAUGAUAUGGUCUGUUGCAUGUAUGGUCGAUGAAGAUGGUAGAAAAAAAGUCGAUGCGUACAUUCGUGAAAUUGAAGGCAGUUUUCCUAACAAAGAUUCAGUCUAUGAAUAUUAUGUAGAUCCUAAAACAAGAUCAUGGGUACACUGGGAGGAGAAAUUAAAAGCUGGUUGGAAAUAUUCACCAGAUAUGCCGUUCCACAAAAUACUUGUACCCACUGCAGAUACAGUUCGAUAUAACUUUAUUUUGGAAUGUACAGUACAGCAAAAAUAUCCUGCCUUAUUAGUUGGCUCAGUUGGAACUGGAAAGACAUCACUAGCAUUAAAUUUAUUAAGAAAUUUAGAUCCAACAGAAUGGACUAAUCUUACGAUAUACAUGUCUGCUCAAACAACAUCAAAUAAUGUACAAGACAUAAUUGAAGGUCGUGUAGAGAAACGUACAAAAGAUACAUUUGUACCAGUUGGUGGUGGGAAGAUGCUCACUUUCAUGGAUGAGUUUAAUAUGCCAGCAAAAGACAGUUCUGGUUCUCAACCACCAUUGGAACUGAUCCGUCAAUGGUUAGAAUAUGGAUUUUGGUAUGAUCGCUUGAAGCAAACUAGGAAGAAAAUCAAAGGUAUGCAGUUGAUGGUGGCAAUGGGUACACCAGGCGGUGGAAGAAUGGUAAUAUCUCGACGUCUUCAAGCACAUUUCCAUCAGAUUGCUGUCACAUUCCCAACGGAAGUAAAUCUUAGACGAAUUUAUGGUACAAUGAUAAGUCAAAAACUACAAGAUUUUGAAGAUGAAGUUAAAUCAAUGGCGGAUAAUUUAACUCACGCUUCCAUCGAUUUAUACAAUGCAGUUGUUAUUAAAUUUUUACCAACACCAACUAAAAUUCACUAUUUAUUUAAUUUAAGAGAUAUUUCCAAGAUCUUUCAAGGUUUACUCCGAUCCAGUAAACACUAUAUUGAUACUCGUAAUUCAAUGCUUAGAUUAUGGAUACAUGAAGGAUUACGUGUAUUCUCUGAUCGAUUAGUAGAUGAUAAGGAUAGAACAACAUAUGUUGACUUGGUCGGUGAUUCAUUGGCUACAUAUUUUGAUCAAACAUUUCAUGCUCUAUGUCCAGCUAAACAACCACCUAUAUUUGUAGACUUUAUGAAUGCAGACGGUGCAUAUGAAGAUGUAACAGAUUUAGACAGAUUGCGUAAAUUUAUGUCAGAAACCUUAAAAGAAUACAAUGAGUCACCUGGUAUGGUACGGGUAGAUUUAGUAAUGUUCCGUGAUGCAAUAGAACACACAUGCAAGAUAGUUCGCGUAAUCAAUCAGCCAAGAGGUAAUAUGCUGUUAAUUGGUAUUGGAGGUAGUGGUCGACAAAGUUUAAGUCGUUUAGCCGCUUAUAUAUGCGAGUAUAAAACAUUCCAAGUUGAAGUAACAAAACACUAUCGUAAACAAGAAUUUCGAGAAGAUUUAAAGAAAAUGUACUUCCAAGCUGGUGUAGAAAAUAAACCGACUGUAUUUUUAUUCACUGAUGCACAAGUAUUAGAUGAAUCAUUUUUAGAAGAUAUUAAUAAUAUGCUAAGUUCUGGUGAAGUACCUAUUUUAUACAAACCAGAUGAAUUUGAAGAAGUUCGACAGGAGUUGAUAGAUGUUGCUAAACAAGAAGGUGUUGAUGAAUCAACUCAAUCAAUAUUCCGUUUCUUCAUUGAACGUGUACGAGCUAACUUGCAUAUUAUUUUAUGCAUGAGUCCAAUUGGUGAACCAUUUCGUAAUCGUAUUCGAAUGUUUCCAGCAUUUGUUAAUUGUACUACAAUUGAUUGGUUUAGUGAAUGGCCACUUGAAGCUUUAUUAGAAGUAGCUGAGAAAUACUUGUCUUCUGUUGAUAUUAAUAUUAAUGAACCAGAUCCACAAAUUUUGGUCAAGAAACAGGCUAGAAUGAGAAUUUCAGUGGCAAAAAUAUUCGCUAAUAUGCAUCGAUCAGUCACUGAUAUGGCAGUAGUUAUGCUAAGUGAAUUGAAACGUCAUAAUUAUAUUACGCCAACAAAUUAUUUAGAACUUGUCUCUGGUUAUAAAGUUCUUCUUUAUCAGAAACGUCAAGAAUUGAGUGACAAGGCGAAUAAGUUAGCAAAUGGUCUUGGUAAAAUUGAUGAAACACGUAAAAAAGUUGAAGUAAUGUCUGUGGAAUUAGAAGAAGCUCGAAAGAAGGUAGCAGCUUUUCAAAAAGAAUGCGAUGAUUACUUAGUAGUUAUUGUUCAACAAAAACGUGAAGCUGAUGAGCAAGCUAAGGUAAGAAUAUAA